AUCUGAAGCCGGUCGCCUCUCUGAGGAAAACGGGGUCCUGCGUCAGAAGAUCGCUGCGCUGAAGGACGAGGAUUUAAAAGAAGUCCAGGAAGAGUUAAAACAAACAAUGGAGCACUUAAAGAAAGGGAAGACUGAAGCUCAAACUACAGCGGAGGCUUUCCAGAGACGGAUUUCCGAGCUGCGUUCCCAGAGCCGGCAGCUGGAGGAUCAGAACGGGAUGCUGUCGGAGAAAAACUCCCAGAACCUUUCAGACGUGGAGAAUCUUCAGCAGCAGCUCUCAGACCUGCUGGAGGAGAGCCAGAGGAAGGAGGCGUUCACUGCCCACGAGAAAAACAAGUUGGCAGCGUGUGUUUGUGCUCUGGAGUCAGAGCUCACCAAAGCUCUGCAGGACUCUGCACAGCUGCAGCAGGCCGUCUCCCAGAAUGCACUGCAGCUCUGUGAACUCAGAGACAAG